GUUUUAUUCAGUCUCGUGUGGGCCGACUGAGUGUGCGCAAGUGUUUGUGUGAUCCAACAAAAUGUAUUGUGAGAUACCCAAAUUAUUUAGAUGCUGUUUUUGCCUGCCUCUACGGAAAGGUGCUUUGAUAUUUGGAUAUGUUAAUAUUCUGUUUUCCAUCUUUAUGCUGUCUCUGUACAGCUACUCUGUACAUAAUGCGUUGGGAUUUACAAUGGUGUACCACGGCUCCACCGCAGGGUUAGAAGACGGGGUCUGUGUGGGCAUCUAUUGCGUGGAGAUACUUAUGAAUGUUGCUCUAGUGUAUGGAGCCCAUGUGAGGAACAUUACGUUUUUAAAAAGCUUCUAUUACUACGCCGUGGCGACUGUGCUGAUGACGUUCAUAAUUCAGAGCAUAUCUUUAGCGAAUUCGGUUCACUUUGGAAUGGUCAUUGAAAUGCUCUCUCUGUAUAUAACUGGACUGUGUAUACAUUUGUAUUUGAUCAUCGUGGUGCGAAGUCUGGUGAGCAAAUUGGAGAUAUCAGAUGGCCAUGCAUACGAAAACCAACUCCAGCAAAUCGUCAGCGGAGAGAACAUAGUGGAAGGGAAUGGAAUUUACCCUAGUACUGUAGUACCGAAUACCACCGCGUAGUUACCCUUCCAUUCUACUGUUCCUUUAAUACCUUUAAUGUAAACCAGAGGUUCUCAAACUUUUGCAGACCUCUUUAAUUAACUGGUCUCAAAGCUCUUGCAUACGAGUACAUUUCGUUUUCUGUAACUUUUCUGUAAUUAAAUUAAGUUUUAGUAAUGGGGAUGUUUCCUAAUGUUACAAAUCCAAAUAAAGUUAUGUUUAAUAUU